AGUCUUACAUGAAAAAUCUAUAUAUAACAUGGCAUCUUCCCUUCUCAAUUAAUCAUAUCUAACUCACAUUUCCCACUUUAUCCACAUAUUUUUCUCAAUUAAUCAUGCUUGUUCCAAUGGCUACCUCACUAAAACUCUUCAUCUUUUCAUCCUUUCUCUCAUUGAUGAUCACCUCCUCCAUAGCACAAACCUCAUUCAGACCAAAAGCACUUGUUCUCCCCAUCACCAAAGAUGUCACUUCCUCUCUUCCUCAAUACAUCACUCAAAUCAAACAAAGAACACCACUUGUCCCAGUUAAACUAACACUUGAUCUUGGUGGCGGUUACCUCUGGGUGAACUGUGAAAACCGCCAGUAUGUCUCAUCCACCUUCAAACCUGCCCGAUGUGGGUCUUCACAGUGCUCACUUUUCGGCCUAACUGGUUGCAGUGGUGACAAAAUCUGUGGCCGUUCACCAAGCAACACUGUCACUGGUGUCUCCAGUUAUGGUGACAUUCAUUCAGAUGUUGUCUCUGUUAAUUCCACAGAUGGAACCACCCCUACCAAGGUUGUUUCUGUGCCUAACUUCCUCUUCAUUUGUGGGUCAAAGGUUGUUCAAAAUGGUCUUGCUAAAGGUGUCACAGGCAUGGCUGGUCUUGGUAGAACCAGAGUUUCACUCCCUUCACAGUUUUCCUCUGCUUUCAGCUUCCAUAGAAAAUUUGCAAUUUGCUUGACUGCUAACUCUGGAGCUGAUGGGGUGAUGUUUUUUGGUGAUGGGCCUUAUAAUUUGAACCAGGAUGUGUCCAAAGUUCUCACCUAUACUCCUCUGAUUACAAACCCUGUUAGCACUGCUCCUAGUGCUUUCUUGGGUGAACCAUCAGUGGAGUAUUUCAUUGGAGUGAAAUCCAUCAAAGUUUCUGAGAAAAAUGUACCUUUGAACACAACCCUUUUGUCUAUAAACAAAAAUGGAGUUGGAGGGACUAAAAUCAGCACUGUUAAUCCCUACACUGUGAUGGAGACAACUAUUUACAAAGCUGUUGCUGAUGCUUUUGUGAAAAGUUUGGGUGCUCCUACUGUUUCACCUGUUGCUCCAUUUGGGACUUGUUUUGCAACUAAGGACAUUUCUUUUUCAAGAAUUGGACCUGGUGUGCCUGCUAUUGAUCUUGUGCUGCAGAAUGGGGUGGAGUGGCCCAUUAUUGGGGCUAACUCAAUGGUGCAGUUUGAUGAUGUGAUUUGCUUGGGUUUUGUGGAUGCUGGGUCAAACCCAAAAGCUUCACAAGUUGGAUUUGUGAAUGGUGGUUCACACCCUGUGACUUCUAUCACUAUUGGAGCUCAUCAGUUGGAGAACAACUUGCUCAAAUUUGAUUUGGCAGCUUCAAGGCUUGGGUUCAGAUCACUGUUCUUGGAGCAUGACAAUUGUCAAAACUUUAGAUUUACCUCUUCUACUUAGAGUUUGAUUGUUCUGGUCCAAUCAAACUUAGGGAGCACGUUUUGUGCUGAAACUAUAAGGUCUGUGUGUGUAGGUUAGGAGCUGAAUAAGUGAGGUUCUAUUGAUGUAUGGCCUCCUAGAAUUAAAUUUCUUUUUGUUUACAAAAUAAAGACCAAAGUUGUCUGAUGGAACUGCUAUAGUGGACAAAUGAAUCUUACAUAUUGAAUUGCCUUUCA